AUGGCCAUAUCCGCAGACUCCCCGGGGCCCCCGGGGCCCCCGGGGCCCCCGGGGGGCCCCCUUCCCCCUUCGGGCACCCCUGGGGGGCCCCCCCAGGUGGAGGGGGGCCCCCUGGGGGCCCCCCCGGGGGGCCCCCCUCCCCCAGGGGGGCCCCCGCAGGGGGCCCCCGCAGAGGGGGCCCCCCCAAAGAGGCCCCCCUCUAGGGGGGCCCCAGGGGCCCCCGGAGGGUACGAAGUUCGGUGUGCUGUUGGCAGCAGAAUUUAUGUUGCUUCGGAAGAAAGGGUUUGGACUGCAGCAAGAGUUGUAGCAGCAGAUGAAAAGGGUUUUGUUUAUGCAAAGACAGAAGAAGAAGAUAGAGUUAUUUGUUUGAGUCCCAAGGACCCUUUUUACCUCUGCAACACAGGCGAGGAUGAGUGGAGCGCGAGGGGUUUGUGCGCCCCCGACGAUUUAACUUCUUUAACUCAUUUGCACGAGGCGGCGGUUUUGGACUCGUUGGCAAUUCGAUUUGAACUCGACUGUAUCUACACCUUCACGGGGCCCAUUCUCAUCGCCGUAAACCCUUUCAAAACCAUCAAGGGCAUGUACGGGCCCCAGACGCUGCAGCGUUUCCUCUUGCCGUCUUCGGACAGCAGCAGCAGCAGCAGCAGCAGCAGCAGCAGCAGCAGCAGCAGCAGCAGGGAGCCGCACGUGUUCGCGACGAGCCGCGCAGCUUACGAGGGCCUUUGCCUGAAAGGCCAAAACCAAACUAUUUUAAUUAGUGGAGAUCUGUGCGGCGCGCGAAUCCAAACAUAUUUGUUGGAAAAAGUUCGGGUUUGUCAGCAGCAAGAAGGGGAAAGGAAUUAUCACAUUUUUUACCAACUUUGUGCUGCAGCAGCAGCAGCAGCAGAGCGCAGCGGGGGCAUUUACACGCUCGACGCAGCAGCAGCAGCAGCAGCAGCAGCAGCAGCAACCGGCACUGCGCCCCCCGACGACUCCCCCCCCCAGCACCCCCAGCAGCAGCAGCAGCACCCCCAGCAGCAGCAGCAGCAGCAGCAGCAGCAGCAGCAGCAGCAGCAGCAGCAGCAGCAGCAGGUUGUGCUGCAGCUGGACAUGCGGGAGUUUGAAAGUCGGGAGAACUUCAAAGUUUUGACCUGCAGCAGCUGCAGCGAACUGACAGGAGUUGAUGACUGCUGCUGCUUCGAUGCAACAGCAGCAGCAAUGGUGGUUUUGGGACUGCAGCAGCAGCAAAUUCAGCAGGUGUGCAAUGUUGCUGCUGCAGUGCUUUGUCUGGGCAAUUUGGAGUUCACGCAGCAGCAGCAAGACUCCGAAGCAGCAGCAGCAGCAGCAGCAGCAAAACCCUACCUCUUCAAAGCAGCAAAACUCCUAACCCUAAACCCUCAAACCCUAAUUCAGGCCCUCUGCAGCAAAACCAUCAAAACCUCCCGCGAAACCCUCAAAAAGCCUUUGAGGCCUGAAGAAGCAGCAGAAAGCAAAGCAGCACUUUGCAGAGCUCUUUAUGGCUCUCUUUUUAAUUGCAUUGUAGACCUCACCAACAACAGCAUAGGAUUUGUCUCCGAAGCAGCAGCAGCAGCAGCAGCAGCAGCAGCAGCAGAGCCCGCAGCAGCAGCAGCAGCAGCAGCGGGCGCAGCAGCGGGCGCAGCAGCAGCAGCAGCAGGGCCCGCAGCAGCAGCAGCAGCAGCAGCAGCGGCGCCCCCCGCCGCAGCCGCCGGCGCGCGCCCAGCAGCAGCAGCAGCAGCAGCAGCAGCAGCAGCAGCAGCAGCAGCAGCAGCAGCAGCAGAAGACAUACUGUUUUGCGGAGUGUUGGACAUAUUUGGAUUUGAGUGUUUUGGACAGAACUCUUUCGAACAACUUUGCAUAAACUACGCGAACGAAGAGCUGCAGCACUUUUUUAAUUCUUUUGUUUUUCUUUGCGAAGAAAAACUUUACCAAAAAGAAGGAAUUAAAUGGCAAACUUUGGACUUCCCCGACAACUCCGACUGUUUGCUGCUGCUGCAGCACAAGACCAAUGGUCUCUUUGCGGUCCUCGACGAGGAGUGCCUCGUCCCCGGCGGCAGCAGCAGGGCCUACUGCAGCAAACUCAUCAAAAAAUACGCCCCCAGCACCAGCAGCAGCAGCAGCAGCAGCAGCAGCAGCAGCAGCAGCAGCAGCAGCAGCAGCAGCAGCAGCGUCGUCGCCGCCGUGCAGGUUUCUCGAGCUGGAUAUCCCGUGCGGCUGCAGCACGGGGCUGCAUGCAGGGAGUUCCGCGCGCUGCUGCCGCAGCAGCAGCAGCAGCAGCAGCUGCAGCAGCAGCGGCUGCUGCAGCAGCUGCCGCUGCAGCAGCAGCAGCAGCUCUGGCGCCAGAUGGCCGCAGAUAUGCUCACUGAGCUCAAUGAGCGGCUGCGCUUGGGGCCCCCGGGGGCUUCGCCGCGAGGCGACUCUGCUGCUGCUGCUGCUGCUGCUGCUGCUGCUGCGGGGGGGGAGCAGCAGACUGCUGCUGCUGCUGCUGCUGCUGCUGCUGCUGCGCCGGCGUGCACGUGGGCUGUGGGGGAAACGCUUUGCUUCUUCAAGCGCGAAAGCUACUCCGUGUUAACUGCUGCUCUUGCUGCUGCUCGUGCUGCAGCAGCAACAAAGCUGCAGGCAGCUUACCGCGGCCACCAGCAGCAGCAACUCUUCCUGCUGCUGCGCCGCUGCGUGCUGCUGCUGCAGCGCGCCGUCAGGGCCUGGCUGGCCAAACUCAAAAAAGAAAAAAUAAAAAAAAACGAAAAAGCUCUUUUAAUUCAAAACUUCUUCAAAAUGAUCCGAGACAGAAACGCUUUCCUCAGAAAGAGGAAGCAAAUAAUUUUGAUUCAAAGGGCCUACAGAGCCCACCGCCGCCAAGUGUCUCUUUUGCUGCUGCAGCAGCAGCAAGCAGCAGCAAAGAUCCAAGCAGCAUUUCGAAUGAAGCAGCAAAGACACAACUUCCUCGCUCUCAAAAAAGCAACUGUCCUCGCCCAACUCAGGUGGAAACGGCUGCUGGCGCUGCGGCAGCUGCGGCGCCUCAAAGCCGAAGCCAGAGAUGUGGCGGGGCUGGUCAAACUGGUGCAGGGCUUGAAGCAAGAGUUGUCGGAGGCGCGGCAGCAGGCGGAAGAGGCAGCAACUCGAGAGUUGCAGCAGCAGGCCCGUGCUGACGAGCUGCAGAAGCAGCUGCAGCAGGCCACUAAGGAGAAGAAAGAAUUGAAGGCUGAAUACAAAGCCAAAGCAGACAUGUUUAACGAGCAGCAGAAGCAGCUGGAGAGCCUGCGGCUGCUGCUGGCGGGAAGCAGUGCAGCAGCAGCAGCAGCAGCAGCAGCAGAGGAGGGUGGGGGGCCCCCCGGGGGGCCCCCCGCAGCAGCAGCACACUGGCCUCCCCUGGGGGCCCCCCAUGGGCCCCGGAGAGGCAGCAGUUUGGAAAUAAAUGAUUUGAAAGUGCUGGUUGAACAAAGAGAAGCAGAAGCAGCAGAGCGGGAGAAGCAGCAGCAGCAGCAGCUGCAGCAGCUGCAGCAGCAGGUGCAGCGGCUGCAGCAGCAGCUGCAGCAGGAGCAGCAGCAGCGGCAAGUAGCAGAAGCCAAGUACAAGCUCGUGCUGGAAGACAGCGCUGUGGAGAGGUCGCAGGGCCCUGCUGCUGCUGCAGCAGCAGCAGAAGCAGCAGCAGAGGAAAGCCCAGCAGCAGCAGCAGCAGCAGCAGCAGCAGCAGCAGCAGCAGGAGUCCCCCCCGUCUGCGACCGCAGGUUUAUCGACAUGCUGCUGCUGGGCCCCAAAGGAGUUGGCAAGAGACAAAUUCUGGAGGCUUUGCUGCAGCAAUUAGGAGACACCCACGCGCAGGAGCAGCUGCAGCAGCAGCUGCAGCAGCAGCAGGAGCAGCAGGAGCUGCUGCAGCAGCAGGGCACCUACGACAAGGAGGGCUGGUUCGAAAUUCUCAUCAAGGUGCAGUGCCCGCGUUUGGUGGUUUUGUACUUCACCUUCGACUGGAGUCCGCAGUGUUUGGAAACCCUAAGACAGCGUUUGCUGCACUGCAGCUUUUUGUGCAUGGUGUUUAAUCCAAACCACAAAAAAGGGUUUGCGUCUCUCUUGUCUCUUUUCAAAGAAGUGCUGCUGCCGCAGCUCGGCCACUCUGCUGCGCUGCUGCGCCUGCUGCUCGUGGAAAACAACGCAGCAGCAGCAGCAGCACCAGCAGCAGCAGCAGCAGCAGCAGCAGCAGCAGCAGACCCCGACGCAGGCAGAGUCGACCCACAGGUCGCCAGAGACGCAGCGGCGUCUCUGGGUUGCCACUACAAAAGCUUGUUUGAGUUGUCUUCGGUGUACGAACAGCUGGGGCUUUCCGGGGCUUUGCUGCUGCAGCGCAGCAAAACGGAAGCAGCGCUGCGGCAGCAGCGGCUGAGCAGCAGCAGCAGCAGCAGCAGCAGCAGCAGCAGCAGCAGGGGCGCUCCCAGCCUGCUGCCGGGGCGGCUGCUGCGCAGCUCCAGCUCCUUUUCUGCUUCUCUUGUUGACUCAAUUAGAUCUUUUAUUGCCACUGGAAAAGCUAAUGGAGAAAUUGCAAAAAGAAACUUUAAAGUCCAAAAUGAACUUUCGUUUCUGCAUGCGUCGGUGCUGCCAGCUGUACAUACACCCCAGCGCACCGCGCCCUGCGACGGAGUCGUUCCUGUUGUCGAAAUUCAAAAUGGACACUCAAGUGCAGUGACUUGUUUGUUCUUCACUUUGCUCGAAGACUUCCUUGUGACGACUUCUAUUGACAGGACUAUUCGCUUCUGGGCUGUGAACUCGGGGGCAAACGUGAAAGUGUUCACCGACUCUGCUGCUCCUCUCGCUGCUGCGCUGCUGCCUUUUAACCCCACAGUCUUCAUAACUUCCAACAGCAACUCUUUGCUGCGCCUCGUCUGCUCCAACACUGGAAAGGUGCUGCAGAAACUCAAAAUGGACUCCGAAGUCCGGGCCAUUCGCUUCGACGACACGGGCCUCUUUUGCUUCGCCGGCAACAAGGCCGGCCAGCUGUACGUACUCGAGGCCACGGACAGCGCCAGCCUCACCUACAGGUACAAAGUCAACCUCAGCAAGGUGAGCCGAGCUGCAGCUAGCUAG